AUCAAAAAUACAGUAAACGAUUAUGUGUAAUAUAUAAUCAUUCGCGAGUUGAAAAGUUCGGAAGAUGGAAAAUAAAUUAGAAAUUUUUGAAUUUUUCAUGAGAAAGUGAAAAUCACUGACAAUACUGUUGACUAAUACAGAAAAAAGGAAAUGUUUCAGAGAGCGCCACGUGCAAAUUAAUGAAAACACGUCACCGUUACAUGAAACGUAUACAAGAAGAGGAACCGAAUUCUUCUUCGAACGCGAAGUUCAAAUGUUAACUAUGUGAAAAUUGUUUCGUUUAAGGAAUCAAAAAGUUUUCAUUAUGAUUGAAAUUCUAACCUAACUUUCUCUCGUUCUGAUGAAUAGUAGCUUAGAAAAAAAUAUGGUGUCCAAUGGUAUUCGGAUUUCAACGAAGGAAAUCGAAAGAAAAUCAAUGUCAAACAAUGCAAGUUGUUCACCCAAAACAUCAUCGACAUUGAAUUCUCCAUUAAUGAAGUUAUCUUCGUACUUCUUAGCUGUACGACCGUGGUCCCUAAGCGCUUCGUUAAUGCCAACGCUUCUCGGAUCUGCGCUUGCUUAUCGGUUAACAGGAUUGGCGAACUUCAGUUGGAUAUCUUUCAUUCUCACAUUAUACACAGUGUUUUGUGUACAUGGGGCUGGUAAUGUAGUAAAUACAUACUUCGAUUACAUAAAAGGAGUAGAUAGCCGAAAAAGUGACGACAGAAUAUUAGUGGAUCAACUUUUGUCGAAAGAUGAAUUAGUUUCAUUAGGUGCAUUGUUGUAUGCCGCAGGAUGUUUGGGUUUCGUUUUAUUGACUACUAUAUCUCCUGCAAAAAUGGAGCUUCUCGCACUCGUGUACUUCGGAGGUUUAUCCUCGUCAUUUCUUUAUACAGGGGGAAUAGGAUUUAAAUAUAUUGCAUUAGGUGAUGUUCUUAUUUUAGUUAUAUUUGGUCCAAUUUCUGUUUUGUUUGCAUUCAUGGCUCAGACUGGAUAUAUUGAAUUAGGUACAAUAUACUAUGCUAUACCUCUUGCAUUAAAUACAGAGGCUAUUUUACAUAGUAACAACACACGAGAUUUAGAAAGUGACAAAAAAGCUGGAAUAGUAACUCUAGCUAUUUUAAUAGGUCACACUGUAUCUCAUGUUUUGUAUGCUUUUUUAUUAUUCACACCAUAUAUAACACUUGUGGUGCUUGCACUAAGGUAUUCCGUUUGGUUUCUGUUACCGGUGGUUACCUUGCCAACUGCCUUCAAAAUAGAAAAGCAAUUCCGAACCCCUCAUACGAUUCAGAGUGUGCCUAAACAAACAGCUAAAUUAAAUAUGUUUCUAGGCAUUUUGUAUGUUGUUGCUUGUUUACUUGUGGAUCCUCUUCCUUAUCUGUAAUAUACAUAGGUCUUGUAUCAUUAUGCGAAAGAGAACUUGAACGUUCGAGCAAUUAUACGGGCAGCUGAUAGCCGAUCUAACGCGUAAUCUUAAAUAAAUUUAUCUACUUUCAUUACUCUCUGGGUUGAUACGGAUCGUUCGUUACGCAAUUAUCGGAUUAUUCAGAUUUGCUUUCUGCAUUGCAAGAAAGUAAUUUUUAGUGCUUUCUUUUCCCAAGCAUUACCAUGUACAUUAUGAAAUUUAUUUUCCAGUUAUUGUAUUACAUUAUCAAUUUUUGUAAUGCGGUAAACAUUUAGAGAUGACUUUCUAGCAAUGCGCUGAUCUUUAAUAUGUACAAACUGAUUACAUUAUUUAGAAUUUGAUGUACCUUCUCUGAUGUGUGUAAUAAGCAUAAUAUUCUCGCACCUAAAAUAAGUGUGAAAAUGUGAAUUUAAACAUAAUUAUUUAAAUAUUUAUGUUUCUAUAUAAUUUAUCUCAUUGUUUAGAAUACUAAACAAUAAGACCUUAUGCAUAUCCUCAAAGUUUUGUAAUUUUAAAACAGAACUUAACACCGAUGUUUCCACAUUUGAUAUGACAAUAAAUUCUUAUGCUGUAUCAGUAAUCAUGCAAUCCCGUACUGUGUUGUCAUUUGGUAAUACAGAAGAUAAUUUUGUAAUGCAGCAAUGACAUUAAACUGUUGAUUUAUUUUCAACUACAAUUACAAAAUCUGUUAUUGUGUUAAAUUUUUGUUUAAAGUGUAGGAUGUGAUUAGGUUAGUGAAUAUUAUUUAAAACUAAUAAAUAUGAACUUAAUUUAAAUAAUUUUAUUUGAUUUACUAUGUACAAGAAGAUAUAUUGUACUUUUAAAUACAGAACAGAUGAUGCAGAUUUAAUGCAGCGAAAUUAAUCCUCUAAAGUAUAUAUAAUGUGAUUAUUUACAAAAAAAAAAUGCUAAACCUAAAUAGAUAUGUAGAAUAUGUAAUUAUGACAAAAACAAAAUGUGUACCUUUAUACUUCAUCGCGGAAGGAAAAAUAAGUUUUUACGGAAUGAUUUAAUAAAUAAUUUUUUUUAUCAA